AUGACGUCAAUUGGUACGGGUUAUGACUUGUCCAACAGUGUUUUCUCGCCGGAUGGACGCAACUUCCAGGUGGAAUAUGCCAUGAAGGCAGUGGAAAAUGGAGGCACUUCUAUUGGACUUAAAUGUAAAGAUGGCAUCGUUUUGGCGGUGGAAAAAAUCACCAAUUCAAAGCUUUUGGUACCAGGAAAAAACAAGCGUAUACAGACCAUAGACAGGCACAUUGGUGUUGCUUACUCGGGGCUUUUACCCGAUGGACGUCAUUUUGUCAAUAGAGGCAGAGACGAAGCACAAUCAUUCAAGUCUAUUUUCAAAAACCGUAUUUCUGUUCCCCAUUUGAUGGAUAGAUUGGGGAUCUACGUGCAAAAUUACACUUGUUACAACUCGGUGAGGCCGUUUGGAAUUGUUGGUAUUGUAGGUGGAGUGGAUGACAAUGGGCCACAUUUGUAUAUGAUUGAGCCCAGUGGAACGUGCUGGGGCUACACGGGUGCAGCCACCGGUAAGGGCCGUCAAAUUGCGAAAAGUGAGUUGGAAAAAUUGGAUUUUGAGACGUUGACGGUACGUGAAGCGGUUAAGGUUGCGGCCAAAAUCAUUCGUCAGGCACAUGAGGAUAACAAGGACAAAGAUUACGAGUUGGAGAUCUCAUGGUGUUCCGUAGAGAUGACCAAUGGAUUGCACGAGUUUGUACCUGAAGACUUGUUGAAGGAGGCGAUUCAAUUGGCAGAAGAUGACGAAGAAAUGGAGGAAUGA